AUGGGAUGCACUCAAGGCCGUAGUGAAAACCAUUGCCCGUCGCAUUGGUCGCCGCCACAGCUCUUGGCGCAACCGACAGCUCAAACGGUUUCAAAGGAAACGCAACCAGUUGUUCAAACGAUAUCAGAAUCAACCAACCAUUCUCCGAGAACGAUCAGCGAUCUGCAACAGGAGAUCUCCAUCCAACAAAGCAUUCGUGCGGGUAAAAUGUGGCGUGAACAGGGUGAAACGUCUGCCGGAUACCUCAAACGCACAAUCGCCACUAGACAAAUUCAACGCACCAUGUUAGCUCUCCAACAUCCAGACACCCACUCCAUCUGCGAUAAGGCAGAGACUAUGCAGGAUGCUGCAGUAUGUUUUUAUCGUAAGCUAUAUACUACUGACCCCAUAGAUUAUACCAGCAUCUCUGAAUUCUGCAACACCAUCCCUGCCUCAGCACAGAUCCCAGUAAACAGCCAACCCACCUUGGAGACGCCAUUUACCAUCGACGAGAUUAUGACUGGUGUACAGCGGUCGCCCAACCAUAGCAGCCCAGGUACAGAUGGCCUACCCUAUGAAAUCCUAGCGGUGCUAUUAUCCCACCAACAAACAGCCCAACUUGCCCAUGCCGUCUUCAAGGAGGCUCUUACCCUCGGUAUCUUUCCCAACAGCUGGCUCACUACUUGCAUGUGCCUGCUCCCUAAAAAGGGCGAUCUCACAGACCUGAGGAAUUUUCGUCCCAUCUCGUUAAUCAACUGCGAUGCCAAAAUCUUCACACGCCUGCUCCACCAGCAUCUGAUGCCACAUAUGCAACAAUUAAUCAGCCCCCAACAACUUGGAUUCAUGCCGAACCGCUUCAUUGGCGAGCACGGCUUCGAAUUACAGACCACCAAACUUCUAGCUACUACCAACCAUUCAUCCACCAUUGCUCUUCUUUUGGAUCAAGAAAAAGCAUAUGAUCGUAUUCAUCCCGAAUAUCUUCAACACAUUAUGCUCCAAUUUGGUAUUCCACAAUCUUUAACACACUGUAUCAUCUCACUUUUCUUCUCCACUAACAUUCAGAUCAACAUUAAUGGCCACAUCACCAAGGUACCUCUUUCUCAAGAAAGAGGCCUUCGCCAAGGUGAUCCACUCAGUCCCCUCCUUUUCAACAUUGCUUUUGACCCUUUCCUCCGCUCCAUUCAACAGAACCCUACUUUUGAGGGUUUCCAUGUACAACAAGAAGCCCCACCACAUCCAUCACCUACUGCCGGCGUGGACGAUCUAACCGAAAGCCUUGCCAACUCAUCCCCUCCGCCAGCCUCCCCUCGCAACACUCCGCCAGUCUCUCCCACCCGUUGCAAUCCAAUUAAGUACAAAAUUCUAGCCUAUGCAGAUGACACAUUAGUCUAUUUGAAGAACUUUUCGGAUUUUCUUCUUCUGCAGGACUCUAUCAAUACAUACAUGAAAGCAUCGAAUGCACUACUAGACACUACGGCGAAAACCUUGGUGCAAAUACAUCAAGUUUAG